AUGACCAGAAUACAAUCAAAAUUAGACUCUCUAGCAUCGCGUCUCGUAGAAUCCAAUGAUACCCGAGAAGAUGACGAACAGGAAGACGACGAUGCUAUCUUUGCAGAACUUGAAGCAGAGAUAGAGAACGACUGUGAUGCAGCAGUGCGAGAUCGGGGCCUAGAGCAGCUCAGGCUCAGCAUGCAAAGAGCCAAAGAGAUGCGAGAAAACGCCCAUGGAACAUACAUGGAGAUCACGAACGAGAAAGAGGCCAUCCGGAUAAGUGCGAGUGAAUCACAUUGUGUGAUUCAUUUUUACCAUAGUAAUUUCAAGAGAUGCGAGAUCAUGGACAAGCACCUCGCAAAACUCGCGCCGAAAUACUAUGCCACGCGUUUUAUUCGUGUCUUCGUAGAGAAUAUGCCAUGGCUAGUCGAAAAGCUUGCCAUCAAAGUCCUUCCAUGCCUGAUGUGCUUCGUCGAUGGGAUCUCAAAAGACCGUCUUAUUGGGUUUGAAGAACUCGGAAACAAUGAUGUGUUUGAAACUGCAGUACUCGAGCUGAGGCUAGCCAACAGCGGUGUUCUUCAAAAGGCACGAAAUGCUCUUGAAUCCGGUAUCACAUACAACGUCUCAUCGUCCUCAAACACAAGAAAAUUACGAAGAGGUGGACAAGAUCAGGAUGAUGACGAGUUUGAUUUAUGA